AUGAGCCACCUGAAUGCUUUUUAUGAACUGACAAACUCUCAUAGACCUCCAAAUGUGGAGCAUCAUCGGAUUAAGAGGGCAUUAUUUCCGUUCUCAUUGAGGGAGAAAGCAAGAGCGUGGUAUGAUUCAUUACCGGGCUACAACAUUACAACAUUCCAAGAGUUGAAGUCGUUGUUUCUUUUGGAAUACAACUCUCCAAUGAAGAUCGAGAAGUUGAGAGAAGAGAUCACUUCAUUCCGACAGAAAUAUGAUGAGUCCUUCGCAGAAGCAUGGAAGAGAUUCACAGAAAUGCUAAGGAAAUGCCCAAGUCACGGCACGAGAUUAGUCACUGCAGGCUCAAAUGGGAACUUAGAUGAUCUAACUCAUGAUGAAGUGAGAGCCUUGUUUCAAAGAUUAGCAAAUAAUCAAAGGAAUUGGCAUAAUCCAAGAAGAGCGGCUGAGAAGGCAGGAGAUACAUUUGGUGCUACCAAAGAUGCGGAAAGAGUGACAGCAAUUGAGGCUCAAUUGGCAGACAUAAGCACCCAAAUGUCGUCAAUGACAAAGGCAGUUAAAUCUCUUCAACUGACUCCUCAACCUCAAGCAGUGACUGUGAUGAAGUGUGGGUUGUGCCAAGGAGGACAUCAUACGGAUCAAUGUCCAAGUCUUCAAGGACCACCAGUGGAGGACGUGAACUACAUCGGUAACAAUCGUCAAGGGUUCAACCAAGGCAAUCAAUACAACAAUCAGCAGAAUUGGAGGCCUCAACAAACAAACUGGAAUCAAGCUGGUCCUAGCAACACCUCGGGUAAUCAAUGGAGGAACAACACUCAACCCCCAGGUUUUGAGAAGAAGUCAUCAGUGGAUGAUCAAUUGGGACAAAUUUUCUCUUUUAUGACUAAAAGUCAAAAGGAGAAUGAGAAUUUCAAGGAAAGAACAGUGGAAAAGUUUGGACAGAUGGAGGCUACAAUGAGAAAUCUUGAGACUCAAAUUGGACAGCUUGCUACAGCAUCGCAUACAAGAAUUCCUAAUACUAUCCCGAGUAAUACAGUGCCCAAUCCGAAAGACAAUGAACAGUGUAAGGCUGCAUCCGGCAGCAAGGAACAUGGUGAAGAGUCCGAUUCAAGUGGAAAGUUUUCAGCAGAAGAGAAAGGAAAGAAGACAGUAGAAAUGGAGUCAAAGAGAAAGAUGACGACAAGUCCGGCACAAGAUCCGAAAAGUAAGUUCAACUUCCCUGAUCAUAUUCCUCUUCCACCAUAUCCACCCAAGAGGAAAAAGAGGGUUCCAAAAGAGAAAAGCUUUGAGUGGAUGAUGAAUGUGAUCCGAAAAGUGAAUGUGGAUGUUUCAUUAGUGGACCUCUUCACUAAUUUCCCCAAGUUCUCCAAGUUCUUCAAGGACAUGAUGUCAAAUAAGGAGAAACUACAAGACGAGGGGAUAGUGGCUUUGAGCAUGAAUUGCUCACAACUAAUUUCUGGAAUGAUGCCAAUGAAGAAGAGGGACCCCGGAAGUUGUGUGAUUCCUUGUGAGAUCGGCAAUACAAUCUUCACAAAAUACUUAUUAGAUCAAGGAUCGAGGAUCUCACUAAUGGCUUUGAAAACUGCUCGUGCUAUUGGACUAGAGGAGAGAAUGGAGCCUAUUGACAUUGCUCUACAAUUGGCUGAUCAUUCCAUAGUGAAGCCCACUGGAAUAGUAGAGGAUUUCUUGGUCAAAGUCGACAAAUUUGUCAUCCCUGUUGACUUCAUAGUCUUGGACAUGCCCGAGGACAAAGAGGUACCAAUCCUGUUUGGUAGACCAUUUCUUGCCACAUGA